AGGACCAGCGGGAGAAGGAGGAGGAGGAAAAGAGAAGGAAAAGGGGAAAGAGGAGGAGGAGCGCACGGUAUGCAGGGGCGGUGAAGCGCGGGUCGUCCCUCCCGCUCCAGCCACCUCCCUCUGCCUCUCCCACUCUGCCCCACCCCGUCCGCGGGGCCGCGAGGGUCGUCCCGGGACCGGGAAGGCCGAGGAGAAGGAGGAAGAGCCUGUCCGGUGCUGGCCUGGCCCCCAGCGGCUGGCGAGGCCCGUGUCCGAGUGGGACGGACGCACUCGGGUCUGCCCGUGGGUCUUUCACAGAAUCCCAGGAUAUUUGAUGUUAGAAGGAACCUCUGGAGAUCAUCCAGUCCAACCCCAGCCCAGGCAGGGUCAUCUGGAGCAGGUGACACAGGGACGUGUCCAGAUACCCUGUAGCAUGGCAGGUGAAGAAGAUUUCUUUUUGGAAGAAAAAAGAUUCAAGCAGCACUGUGAAGAAUUUGUUAAGCAUUCACAGCAGAUAGGAGAUGGCUGGGAGUGGAGAACUAGCAAGGACCUUGGUGAUGGUUAUCUUAGUAAAACACAUUUCCAAGUAAGAAAUAGACACAUCCCACAGGAUCUCAAGGAGAAAACCAAUGAUAACAUUGAACAAAUGUUACUUGCACAUGUUGAAGAGUCUUUGGAUGAUUCUCAAGUAGCUGGAGUUUGUACAACAGAAGAAGUGAUUCGCUAUGAGUAUCAUGUCUUGUACUCCAGCAGCUACCAAGUACCUGUGCUUUAUUUCAGGGCAUGCUUUUUAGAUGGAAGACCUUUAACUCUGGAGGAAAUAUGGGGAAGUGUUCAUGCAUGUUACCAGGAUCGUCUGCAGGAGGGGCCCUGGGACACCAUCACACAGCAGAGAUUCAGAAGUGGAAUUGCAGAUAUUGCGUGCCUUUCUCCUGAACAGUUUACUUACAACUUGGAGCACCCCAUCCUUGGGCAGCCCUUUUUUGUUCUGCACCCCUGCAGAACUAAUGAAUUCAUCUCCACUGUGCUGACUGGCCCAUGGAAACACAACAGGCACAAAAAUUACAUUAUUCUGUGGCUCAGUACUGUAGGCCCAGUUGUGGGUCUCAGUGUGCCUCUGAGUUAUGCAAAAGUAGCACCUGAGCAGAAUUCAAGCACUGAUUCAGCUGAAAGCUCUUGGGCCAGUUCACUUCCAGGACUCACCUUCCAGUAUUUUGCUUACCUUCCCUAUUUUGCAAUGACAAUUUGUGCUGAGAGAGAAGUGCUUGGACAUUGCUGACACCCUCCAUGAAUGCCAGGAGGCCCCUGAUGUCCUGUGGUCUUCCUCAGAGCUCUGAACUGAAGGACAGGUGAUGGUGAGCUGCUGCCUCGGGGUGAAGUCGAAGCGAUCCUUCCUGGCUGGUAGACAAUGCCAGUGUGGAAAUGACUGUUCAUGGCUCUUUCUCUGGCAAGAAGUGGCCAUAGAAUUACAGUGGAAGACUUAAUUGUUGGCUGCAGUUGUGGCAACACCUCUGCAGCACCACCAAGACCUGAACUCCCUUGUGACUGCAUUGGCCCUUGAAGUCAUUUUUCUACCACCUCCUGUGCUUGUGGCCUUGGAGAGGCUGCACAGAGAGGCACAAGCCUGUGGUUCCUUGAUACAGGGUGGAGUUGCUGGGUUUGGAUCUACUAAAAACUAUCUCUAGAAAAUCUGUGAGGUGGCAAAUGCAAAACAUACACAACAAAGUGCCUGUGGGAUGUGGUGUGAGCUUGUGGCACCCAGUGCAUGGGCUGAGACUGCUUCACCUGGGAACCACCUUCUGCACUACAGCCUUAGAGAUGGACCCCCUUAUGUCCCACACCACACAAAAUCCUCAUCCUGGGACUGAGAAACGCUUCUCUGAGAAUAUUGCAGGGAACAAACAGGAUCGGGAUUGUAACAAACAGGGAACUUGGAGCCUCUCUGUGAGUGAGCACCUUCAGUUCUGGAGUUCAGGUGGCUGAUGCAGCUGUGUGAGAACAUCUGGCUCUUCCAUGGCCUGCAGAGGAAGCUCUGCCAUUCCCUGUGGGAGUGACUGUUCCACUCAAUUAGUGUUUCUCAUUGUACUCCUGGCUGUUCACAGGUUUAUUCCCUACCCUGCUGUUUGGGGAGUUGCAUGGUGGUGCUGCCACUGAAAACCACAUUGCAAGAAACUUCCACACAACCCAUCCUGGCUCCUCUUCCCAUCUCAUUUUAUUUGUAGUGUAAAACAGAGCCCUGGGAUGGAACCACAGGUUUUACUUUACAUAUUCAGCAAUGUGUCACUUGCACCUAGAGCCCAGUGUGUGCCACAUGAGGGCUGGGAACCUGGUAUGCAUCAAGUUCCAGAUUCUAGGCUUUAAACUUACAUCAUGUGUCUUUAUUGGACAAGAAAUACAGAGUGCAGUCUCUAAAAUUCUAUUGGUGUGGAAUUCUUUUGCCAGCCAUUUGGAAUUAAUAAUGAAAGCACAUAAUUUAUCUUGUUCUGGAUCAUAACAACCUGAAAAAGCCAUUUUUCCAUGUGAGAUUUAUAAAAUGCAGCCAACAGCUAAGUUGCUUUUUUUAACACUUCUGAUAGCACAUGCUUGGUAAUUGCAUCAGUGGCCCACUUUUAAAUUUCAGUGAGACUUAGACAGGAGGAAAAACCAACAAAAACCAGAUAACAGCAGUUUUAAGAGCUGUUAAAUGUUCUUCCCUGCUCUGUGAUCUUCAUUUGUGAUACCCUGGAACAGAGGAGUGGGAGCAGCCAGCCUUCAAAAAGUGGAAUUUGUAUAUGGAGGGAAGUAAAUAUUUUUUCUCUUACAUGGAAAAAGUCUCAAUGACCAUUCUCAAUGAUUCUAAACCUCUUAACAGCAUAAACAACAAGGUAACAGAGCAGUGUCAUCAUCAGCAGCAAUAUUUCUCUGAAAUUUCUCUAGAAAACCAAAAUUCAGCUCAGUUACAGAUACACUGAGAUUAGAUAGAGGAAGAAAUACAGGAUAACAUAAAUAUUUGUGAUUGAGAAGAGAUCCUGUUUGGAUGUCUCCUUUUUAAUGGCUGAAGUAGGUAAUUGGGAGGUAGGGACCCAAUUUACUGUUUUACAUUUAUGCUUUGAUGACUUAGGAUAUUUUUAACAGAAUUUUUAUGUACCAAAAUUCUGAUUUUUUAAAAUUUUUUAAAUCAAGUGAAUUGUGGCACUGUUUUGUGAUUUUACUUAGCAAAUCUGAUGAAUAUUCUUACAUCUGAACUUGGGGUUUGUCUACAUGCAUUAUCUGCUUGCGAAGAGAAAAUGUCCAGUUCCAGAGAGUUUUGUACAUUUGCUCAGUUGCUCAUCCUUGCUAAUCUGGGAAGAUACAUUGAGAACCUUUGCUUCUGGGGACUUCUUUUAAGAGAACAGACUCUUGUAACCCUUGGUUACAGGAAUCAGCAAGAAUUAUUAUUUUUAUGUAUUCACUUAAGCCAAAAAAUGUGCUUUCCUGUGUAAUGCAGCUGCUCACUUACCUACAUAAUCCUUCAUUUGUGUCAGCAUGACCAGGUAAGAAUUCAACCUCCUGCCAGGAGGUUUGAGGUUGGUUGGUUUUGGUAACUAACAGGAACAUUCCUUUCCAUGCAGUAAAUGUAAAACUAGUUAGUUACAGCUAAGUACAGUGAUGUAAUCAAUUCUUGUUGCAACUCCAUGAAUUUCACCAAAACUGUCUCAGUAACUUUUUUCCCCCCCUGUUUGCUGUGGUGAUGGUUUCAUGAGUUUGUUUGGACAUCUGUGUUUAUAUUACAUACAUGUAAAUUCAAUUCCAGCACAAAGAAAGGAUGUUUGCUCUUCCCUCUGAACGGUGAACUUAAAAUUGUUUCCUCAAAAAUUCUCUCUUCUAGA